GAAAUUAAUGAACUGCAGGCUCAGCUCCAGAGUCAGCAUGUGCAGAUUGAGAUGGAUGUGAUUAAACCUGACCUCACUGCAGCUCUGCGUGAAGUUCGAUCUGAGUUUGAAAACCUUGCUGCUAAGAACAUGGUGGAAACCGAGGAUUGGUACAAGUCCAAGUUGACUGAUCUUACUGAUUCUGCUUCUCGCAACAAUGAUGCCUUGCGUCUGUCAAAACAAGAGAAUUCUGAGUCACGUAGACAAGUCCAGGCACUGACCAGUGAAAUUAAUGGACUUCGGGGAACGAAUGAAUCUCUUGAGCACCAAAUGCGGGAAAUGGAGGAACGAUUUUCCAUGGAGGCAAACAACUACCAGGACAACAUCAGUCAGCUUGAAGAAGACAUCCAUAAUUUGAAGGAUGAGAUGUCCCGUCACUUGCAAGAAUAUCAGGACCUAUUGAAUGUAAAGAUGGCCCUAGAUAUUGAGAUUGCAACCUACAGGAAGCUUCUGGAGGGAGAGGAAACCAGGAUUGCUGGACCCAUCCCAAGCUUUAGUUCUCUAUCCUUUCAUGACUCCACCUAUGAGCACCAGCCCAUGUUGGAAUCCAAGAAAAGAAUUACGAUCAAAACAUUUGAGACACAAGAUGGAGAUGUGCUCAGUGAAACUACCCAGAGAAUUGAAGACUAAGCUUACUGAAAAAUUUCGACAAAGUUUCUUCUACGCAUAGAAGCUGAAUGUCCCUCUGCCUUUUAACCACCAAGAAGUGUUGGCUUUCAAGUGCCUUUCUGCAUUUAACUGAAGAGUGCAACUUUCAGUAAAGUUGCAUUGUAGGCUUGGAUAGAUCUGCAGAAGCCCACUAAAUGGCUUUACAGAAAGAGUCACUAAGUUUACAGUCUCACAAUGAUAAAUAGUAAUACUUAAUUCAUCAUUUUGAAUUUUUAUUUACAGAUCCAAGUCUUAAAUAGCUUUUUUCCCCCUCACAACAAUUAUGUGUAAGCAAGCUGUCAUGCUUAAAUAAAAAUUCAAUGAAACUU